AUGAAAAACAAGAAAAAAACAAAAAUCUAUCUCUUUUUCCCACUCCCACUUACUCCCAGACCCUCUGUUUCAUAUGCGUUUCAGAUCACCUAUCGGUCCUGCACACCCCAGGCGCUAUUUCCUAUUCGGGUCCUCGGUUCUUCCCCAGAUUCUACCAGACCCAUAAAGCGUCGCUUUCCCCAACUCAACCCUAUUUCUUUCUCCAAAAUGGAAAACGUCGCCGGAAACAUCGCCAUCCGGCCCUCGUGGAAUAACUUGGUCGACCUUCCUGCGUCCGUCGCCAGUCUCCUUUACAAUGCCAAUAUUUCACCGCAAGAAGUGAUAGUGGAAUUGGUGCUGCAGACCCAGCAGAAAAGCUAUGUGGGGUGGUCGGGGAUGAACUCGGGCGGAGCGCGAAACGUAGGCAUCGAUCCGAUUUUCGCGCAAUCGCUUAGGCUUGCCGAUAAACAGGCCGUGGUGGUGAAUGUGAAGAUCAGAAACCAUAAGAGUAGCUCUGUAUUUUUGGAGCCGGAACAUCUGCUGGACUGGGAGCUUGUGGAGCUCCAUGCGGCUUAUAUCGAGUCCAAAUUGAUCGAGCAGUCUCGUUGUGUGGCUGUUGGCCAGGUGUUGGUGGUAUAUCCUACGAAAACGUCGUCUGUGCGGUUACAGGUGACCGAUAUUGGCACCUCUGCCGUUAAAUAUGCGUUGAUUGAUCCUUUUGCUGAGAUAAGUAUUGCGCCCAAACUCAGACAACCGAAAAAACCGGCGCCUGCGUCUGAAAAAUCUGCUAAAUCCUCUAGAUCUACCUCCGACGAUACCGGACAUGGACCCUCUGUUCUCAAAAGAGGCAUUUCUCUUCCACAUCCUUUGUUCGAUGGCGGCGAACUGCGCGGAGAGAUCACAUAUGAGCUAUUCGUGAAUAGAAGCGAGUUCAUACAUGUGUUUCUGCGCCAUGACUAUGUGUCGGUCUCAAUAGUUCUCGGCCCGCUGAGCAAACAGAAUCGGGCGCCAACUGACAGCUCCGAGUCGGCUGCCAUCGAUGGCGAGAAAUCGAAAGACUCGCCCACCCCUCUUCUGGAAUGUAAGCAGGUUGUGGCCAGGCUCCGAAACAGCCCCAACGUUCCAGACAACAACGUUGGUCUCAGUCUGGGACUUGCUAUAGCACUCGGAGUUGAGAACAAAAUCGGAUACAAGGUUCUAGUUCGUCAAGCAUCAAAACAUCUGAGCAAGCGCCCUUCUACUUUCGUCGUACACCCAUAUGUCACUCAAACAAAGUCCUCCAAGCAGUUGAAUCUCAAUUCUGCCUCGUCAAAGGAGGAGAACGCCAACCUCUGUAGAAGACUCUCCGAGCAAUUGUUUCGCGAGCGCCGCUUGUGCGAUUCGCCUCUCACAAAUUAUCUCAAACUUCCAAUAAUCCCUGGAUUACUUCCGCACGGAGGCCUCUUGGUGUUUAAGAGACGCACAGAAAAGCAUGUCUGGAUCAAACCAUUUGAGGCUACUCCUAAAGCUUUGCCAAAAGUUGAGGUCGAGGCGGAUUUGUUGCGUAGUGAAUCUUUUGUGCAAGAGACCCAAUCAAGUACGUCUUUAGAUGCUGCAUACGAAAUGGAGAGCACUAUUGACGAUAUUUUGGAUCAAAUCGCGAUGUUCAAGAACUCCGGAGUGAUGAUUCACGGAUCAUCGGGCAGCGGAAAAUCGCUUAUUCUGAAAUGGGCAGCUAGAAAAUGUCAUGAUACAUUUGGCUACCACAUCAAACAGAUUCAGUGCGAAAAGCUCAUGAACGAAAGCCAGGAGCUGUUGAUUUCCACAUUGUCUAAAGCCUUCAACGAAGCAGUGUGGCACGAGCCUUCUUUAAUCGUAUUGGACAACCUAGACAAGAUCCUUUCUGCUGAAACAGAAAAUGGUGAUUCCCGCAUGUCCAAUCAAAUAACAGAACUAUUCAUUUCGCAGCAACGUAAAAUUGCUGCUCAAGCAAUUACGAAGGUCUCAAUUCUUGUCACUGGUGCCUCGAAGGAAUCCUUCAACAAGCAACUUCUACAAUCACACCUUUUCGACUUGUAUGUCCACUUACGUGCCCCAGACAAAAAAACAAGGGCAACAAUCUUGGAAAAGUAUACUGCUGAGCAUUUGAAUAGCACAUUCGAGUUUGACGUCAUGGAUGUUGUUCAAGAAACAGAGGGUUAUUUGCCUAAUGACCUCAAAGUAUUGAGUGAGCGGAUGUACUUCCAAAGCCUACACAGCGCUCGGAACAAGAAUAGCUCCGAGAUGCUCAUUUCCAAAACAGCAUUCGAAAAGGCUCACGCAGGUUACACUCCCUCGAAUCUCCGUGGUGUGAAGCUAGAAAAGUCAGGAACUAGCUGGCUGGAUAUCGGAGGACUCACAGAUGCUAAGCGUGUUCUCUUGGAGACAUUGGAAUGGCCAACGAAGUAUGCGCCAAUCUUUGCUAGCUGUCCUCUCCGUCUUCGGUCUGGUAUUCUUCUCUAUGGAUAUCCUGGUUGCGGAAAGACUUUAUUGGCCAGCGCUAUUGCAGCUCAGUGUGGUCUCAACUUCAUUUCAAUUAAAGGUCCAGAAAUUUUGAAUAAGUACAUAGGUGCCUCAGAACAAUCUGUCCGAGACCUCUUUGACAGAGCACAGGCAGCCAAGCCAUGCGUACUAUUCUUUGACGAAUUUGAUUCAAUUGCUCCAAAGAGAGGCCAUGACUCUACUGGUGUCACAGAUAGAGUGGUCAAUCAAAUGUUGACACAGAUGGAUGGAGCUGAGGGUUUGGACGGUGUGUACGUAUUAGCUGCUACUAGUCGGCCCGAUUUGAUCGACUCUGCAUUGCUUAGACCUGGACGUUUGGACAAGAGCAUUAUAUGUGACAUGCCCAACUUCGACGAUCGUCUCCUGAUUUUGAAGUGUAUUUGUGAAAAGAUGGACCUCGAGCCGAAUGUCGACCUCGACAAGAUUGCCACAUUGACAGCCGGAUUCAGUGGUGCCGACAUGCAAGGAAUUUGCUACAAUGCCUAUUUGAAGGCAGUGCAUGAUAAAUUGAAUUUGGAGGAACAGGAGUCCUCUGGAACCAACAAGGAGCAGGCGCCAACUCACGACUUCUUCCAAGUGAGCACCGAAAAACUUGCGAAGCUUCGGCCUAUUGAACAGGCCGCCCUCCGGAAACAGAUCGAAAAGAUUUUUGAUAAUGAUAGUGACAAUUCCAAAAAGGAUGAAGCUACACCUGCCAAAUCGUCAGCGCCAACAGUUCCUAUCAACCAGACACAUUUUGAAAUUAGUUUGAAGGAGACCAAGCCUUCGAUUUCUGCAUCUGAGAAACAAAAGCUCAAUAGAAUUUACUCUGAGUUCUUAACUGGCCGGGAUGGGAAUAUGCCAGAUGGAAGCGCCAGCAAUGAAAUAGGAGGUAGAACCACCCUCAUGUGA